UGAAUUUUAGAAUGUGACAAAUAUCGAGAAUAAAGUUCAUUUGCUCAUGGAUAUCGAUGUGUAACUACGAGAAUCGUGCAACGAUGAAACUCUUUUCUUUAAUCUGCCUUAUUUGCGUUCUUGCCAUCAUUGAAGCCGAUGUUAUUAAUAACAUCAAACUGUACGAUGGCAAGAUCAAGAGCUCAAUGCAUAAGAACAACGCGAAUGAAAACGACCACAAAAUGGUCCAUUUAAUAGAACAGCAGAUGCUGUUGCUUAAUAAAUCAGGGGACGCAGCUCGUGAUAAGCGUGCCCUAGGUAUUCUCCUUCAAGGGUUCAUGGAAGCGCUCGGCUAUACGGUCACACCGCUCCAAGUGGCGAGUCUUGCCAAUCCAGCUCCGAUGUCGCAAAUGUCGCCGAUGAAGCUUCAACCUAAGGCCCCGAUGCCAAUGGCCCCGGCGAAAUCCAAUGCCACCUCCGCAACCGCAACUCUACCCCCGCGACAGCGAGAGACUCUACGGUUCACGGGAGUUCUAAACUUUGGCAAUAACGUCAACACCUCCAAUCUAGUUAAUCACCUCGCUCAGUAUGAACAGCUGUUCCACAGGAAUGGAUCAGUGGGCCUUACGGCACCACCGCCGGCAUCUGCCCCAAAGUCAAAAAUAGAUCCACGAUCCCAACAGCCGUUGCCCGAGCCGCUCUUCGUGAAAAUUCCCCUGCCGAUAGCACCGAGCCUGCUCCCAUCGCAGCCGCAAUUGCCUAUAUCCCUGCAGAAUAACUAUCGAGACGAAUACGCUAAUGAUCAGGAAAAGGUGUACCAAAGCAAUAGGAAUACUGAAGGUAAUCAAGGAGACUACGAGGAAGAGGACGACAAGUCGCAACAUAGUGAAGAAUAUGAGCACAAACAAGAAAUUUAUCACGAACCCAAGGACAAAAACUACGAAUACGACAGUUACGAAAAGCCGAAUGAAAAAAACAGCGAAAAGGAGUAUAAAAAUAAUAAAAAAAUUGUCAACUAUAGCGUAGAGAAUAAAGAAAUUUAUGAUCCAAGUGAGGUUUCCGAAGAAGUACCAAUAACAAAUACAAAAUUCAGGCACACCAUGUAUGUUAAUGAGCCCGACUGGAAGAAGAAUCACGAGGAGCAACUCUACAAGUUGGCUGCCGAGCAAGAAGCACAUGCCGAGGCUUUAGCGGAAGAAAAUUCUAAAAGGGAAAAUAACAGAAAUCGCGAGCAUGAGCUGGACGAAGAAAAUAAUGACUUCCACAAUAGUAGGGAGAAGGAAAUUAGUGAUCAUAAUGAAGAGAAGAGAGCUCGAUAUGAAAUCAUCUCCAAAAAACAACCUUAUUAUAAUGAAAAUAAUGAAGAUGAUUCUGGAUCAUCUGAAAAAGAAAAUUACAAUCGUAAUCGUGAGGAGAAUGACAAUGACGAUUAUCAAGAAGAAUCUAAUGUUUCCGAUACACCACCGAUUUAUACUCGAUACGAGGAAACGGCAACCGAUAUUUCAAAGGAGAAUAGAGUAGUUACCGAUAAAUACGUAACACAAGAUUACGAUAAAUAUACAAGUUCUAAUAAUGGACCGUCUUCGGAUUAUCAUAAAGUUUACGUCGAUAGUGAGGAACAGAAAAAACGUCAAGAAAAUGAACCGAAUAAGUAUUAUUUUACAGUGCCCAUCAAUUAUGAUCAAGAAAAUUCUCAGCCAGAUCAUACAUUACGUGAUAGUUAUGGGGAAAGCUUGGAAAAUCCAAAUGGGAAAGUAGAUGAGCGCGUAUCCAGCUAUUUCACUAUGUUCAAAAAUCCAGAGACUGGAAUCUACGAUCCUAACAGAAUUCGUGAAUACGAAAGCUCGCGCAUUCCCUAUGACCAUAUUGAUCUAGUAAAAGGUUUUAAACGAAUUCAGAAUGAGUAUGGCUUGCCGGAAAAUAAAUACGAAGAAUAUGAUAUUAAUCAUGACAAAAUUGAACAUCGCGCAAAAAGUUAUUCGCAAGGAUUAUCAACCAAGAAGCACAAACAAGAAAAGAGUGCAAAUGAAUCCAAGAAGAGCUUGACAAAGGUUCAACCCGAAAUAAUGAACUGUGAUUGCAAUACUAAGAAAAUCGAUGGACAAUCUGAAGAGGCAAGAAAUCAUGGGAAAUCGGUGACGACUGGCUUAUUGCCUUCAAGAAUUUCAGAAGUUCCGACAAAUUACCAUUCGACGGUCAAAUAUCAGCAUGAACCGGUAGAUUACGACCAAAGUAUCAUAGCAAGAUUAACAUCCUAUAAUCAACCAAUUACUGCACGAUUCGAAGAUACAGGAAAAUACACAAAUACUCCUAGCUACACCACUCUCUAUCAACGUCAAACUACUAUUCGCCCAAUAGAAUCCACGUCGCGAGUCAAAUUAACAACAGAGAGAUUAUUACAAGAGACUGAGAGUAAAGAAAUCCGAGCAUGGCCAGCUCCAUUUGAUUAUGCUUUUGACAAUUCCGACCGCAAUGAUGUUAUUUUUAAUGCAACGCCAACAACAAAUUUAUACAAAACAUUAAACAAUCAAUCACCCGUUUAUGCAAUUCCUUAUGAUAAAACAAAAUCUAAUUGUUAUCAAGCACAUUUACUGCCUGCCAAAAAUUUUGCAAAUAAUUUUCAAUUAUUACAAAGAGAUAAUGAAAAUAUUAGAUACAAUAUUGAUAAUCGUAAUAAGCGACAAAGACGCCCGACAAAUUCUUCUAAGAAUACUAGAGUAAAUAAUAAUAGGCAACAAAUGUCUUCGUCCAUUCUAAAAAAAUACGACUCAACUCUUCCUCCGCCAUCAGCCAAAGAUGACUUCGAACAAGGAAGGCAAAGACAAUCGGAUAUGGAGAGAUCCGUAAAUUAUGAGAACGGAACUGGAACGCCGACGAAUCCUGCGCAGACAGGGGAAACUCUUACGCCGCAUCCAGAAGGAAGCUACAUAACGAAAAUACCUCCCCAAGAGUGGAAAAACCGGCAUCGUCCUGAAAGCGUAGGAAAUCAAAAAAAUCAAAAGGUGGUGAAAGUUCAGACGAAAAAAAAUUAUGACAAUUACCCGCCUGUAAACAACAAGAGCAGUUCAAAUUUGGAGUCGUCUAACUACGUAGAAAAGGAUGGUAUUCUGAUAAUACCGGAACCCACGCCAUAUUAUUACAACGAAAGAGUCGAUGAAUUUACAGAUGAGCCACUUAAUGAGGCGGAAAAUGUAAAAAUUAAGGAGUAUAGAAAUAGAAUAGAAUCCGUGAAAGUAUCAAAUCUCAAGCGGCUUUAUCCUACAGCUUCCACGCAAGUCCUCCGGUUAUCCAGUAAUUUGUGAAGAUAAUUCGAACUCUGCAUUUUUAUGGGAAGAGCAAAUAGGAGUAAUGCGUAUUAAUUGCUUGAAAUAAAUAAUGGGAGACAAUCUUACUAGCCAAUUCGUCGUCGAGACCAUUGUGCAGACUUGUGUUGCUGUAAAGUCGUUGCG